AUGGCUGCGGAGCCGCCGCCGCAGCUGCCCAUUGGCGACCGCGGCUACCUUGCGUGCCGCCAGUGCCGUCUCGUGCUGACGGAGGCGCAGUUUCUGCGUGACGGGUGCUCGGUGUGCGGCACGGGGCCCGUGCGCCGCGAGGAGCUGCACGACGUCGCCACCGCCGACUUCUCGAACUUCGUCGGUCUUAUCGCGCCGGAGAAGUCGUGGGUCGCGCGGAUUAUCGGGAGGACGGGGUGCCCCAACGGCGUCUUCGCGGCGGUCCUCAACGACGACGGCGACGACGACGACGACGACGACGACGACGACGGCGGCGCGCACAGCAGCCACGACGACGAGGUCGACGACGAGGAGGAGGGGGAGGAGGAGGGGCCGAAAGACAACACGCCGCCUAGCAGCCGGCGGGAGGUGCCUGUCAUCACCGACGAGGAGCUUCUGGCCACCAGAAAUGACUGA